AUGUCUUCCAGAACGGCGUCGUCCAGCUCGCCUGGGUCUAGAUCUCCCCCAAGGCUGGGGGCAGACACGAGAACAGCGGAAAGACCAGAAGCCCAAAGGGCCAGCCAUUCAGAAGAAUAUGGCCAUUAUACUGGAGGAAUCUCAAGGGCAAGGUUCUUUUCAGCUCGCCCAGGGUCGGAACGGAAAAGGCGGUUGACUAGCACUGGUGAAGAUGUGCGGCCCCAAGAAUGGGGACGCUCUUCCGGUGUGGUUGGAUCGGUGCGAGAUAAUGAGGAAGGGGCGCGAAGUGUCCUGCCCCAUAGAUCUGUUUCUAUGGUGAUCCCAUCUUCUCGCACACGGACUUCGUUCUCCGCUAAUUCCGGCUCGUCGAUCGCAACCGCUAUUGACAUCACCUCCUCUCCUUCUCCUACUGAUUCUCGCUCCUUGGCUAGUGAAACAUUGCGCCGUCCUCAUCGAGAGAAUCUUCCGCAUCGUUUCAGUCAAACGCGCACACCCUCAUCUCACCGCGACAACCACUCUCCGCCCGUUAUGGAGGUAACUCUUCCCCCGUGGCAGGCCGAUGCAGAGGUCUCUGAAUGUCCGAUAUGCCAGACAGUGUUCAGCUUCUGGUAUCGGAAGCAUCAUUGCCGAAAAUGUGGUAGAGUAGUGUGUGCCGCAUGUUCCCCGCAUCGCAUCACCAUCCCCAGGCAAUUCAUUGUCCGCCCCAAUGAAGAACUUGGAUUGGAAACAACCCCAACUCCUAUGUCAGAAACAUCUACUCGCUUCCCCGCAGUCGUUGAUCUCACUGGCGACGAGCCUACUCCGUCUUCAGACAACAACCCUGCUCUUGGUGGAGGAGAAGAAGUCCGACUUUGCAAUCCGUGCGUGCCAGAUCCCAACCCCAACCCACUUGGCUAUGGGAUGAGGCAACACGGCCACCGAUCUACCCAUUCGCUGUCCUCUACAAUCUUUCAUUCCUCUGGCUCAACGACUCGUCGCCAGUAUCCAGAGGCACGCCAGGAACGCCGAACUGUUGGCGCAAAUGAUCGACCCCAGUUCCUGCAGGACCUGAGCGACCAGCCUCGUGCAGUGCCUUCUGGGACCGGCAUGCGACAACACCGUGCGGUGUCCAACCGAGAUACCCGCAUCGUCAACGAGGGUGAUUUCUGCCCCGUCUGUAGACGCCGAUUCCCUCCUAUGAGCCCUGAUCAUCCGAUCGAGGCUCGUCAGGCCCACACGCGGGACUGCAUUGAGAACUAUUUAAGGCCGGCCCCUCCCCAACCAUCAUCAACUACGACCACACGACAGGCUCCUCCGCUCCCUACACCUCCACCUCCUUCUUCCGCUCGCAUGCUGCCAUUUGUUGCUACUGAGAAAGACUGCCUCGGCGAUGAUGGGCAGCCAGCAGAGUGCACAAUCUGCAUGGAAGACUACGAGGUUGGGCAGACUCUAGCCCGCCUCGAGUGCCUAUGCAAGUUCCACAAGCACUGCAUUGUGGACUGGUUCGAAAGAAAGACCGAGUGCCCAGUGCACAAGCUUUCUUAA